GCGUUAUAAUUAUUUAUUAUAUAUGCGUGUGAUAGGUAUACGACUGCAGCAAACUUAUUAAAAAGGUGACAGUGCUACAACAAAAAUGAAGCUAAACAUCGAUGGGCUGUUGGUCUAUUUCCCAUAUGACUACAUUUACCCAGAGCAGUACUCUUACAUGCUUGAGCUCAAGAGGACACUGGAUGCAAAGGGUCAUGGAGUUCUGGAAAUGCCAUCUGGGACUGGAAAAACCAUCUCACUUCUUUCACUGAUUGUUGCUUAUGAGAGGGCCUACCCUCUUGAAGUGACCAAGCUCAUUUACUGCUCUCGCACUGUUCCUGAGAUAGAGAAGGUAAUAGAGGAACUGAGAAAAUUACAGGAAUAUUAUGCAAAGGAAACAGGAGAAAAAAAUAACUUUCUUGCACUCGCAUUGUCUUCAAGAAAAAAUCUUUGCAUUCAUCCUGAGGUGAGCUCUCUACGCUUUGGGAAAGAAGUGGAUGGAAAAUGCCACAGUCUGACAGCAUCAUACAUUAGAGCCCAAAAUCACAGCAACCCUAACCAACAGGUCUGCCGCUUCUAUGAGGAGUUUAAUGCAGUUGGCAGGCAGGUACCCAUACCUCCUGGCAUUUACAACCUAGAUGACCUUAAAAGCCUUGGGCGUAGGAAAGGCUGGUGCCCAUACUACCUUGCACGCUACUCGAUUCUGCAUGCAAAUAUUGUGGUUUACAGCUACCAUUACCUUCUGGACCCAAAAAUUGCAGACCUGGUCUCAAAAGAGCUUGCAAAGAACUCUGUGGUUGUAUUUGAUGAGGCUCACAACAUUGACAAUGUGUGCAUUGACUCAAUGAGCGUUAACAUCACCAGAAGGAUUCUGGACCGCAGUCAGACCAACGUGGAGACACUUCAGAAUACUAUUCGCAGAAUAAAGGAAACAGAUGCUGCUAAACUAAAAGAUGAGUACAGACGAUUAGUGGAUGGACUAAAAGAAGCCAACGUGGCCCGAGAAACCGAUGUGUACUUGUCCAAUCCAGUGUUGCCAGAUGAAGUACUCCAAGAGGCUAUUCCAGGUAACAUCCGCACAGCAGAGCACUUUGUAGGUUUUCUAAAGCGCUUUCUGGAGUAUCUGAAGGCUCGGCUGCGCAUCCAUCACGUGGUGCAAGAGAGUUCUCCUCAGUUCCUCAAAGACAUCUUCGAGAAGGUGUGCAUCGACCGCAAACCCCUUAGAUUCUGUGCAGAGAGGCUUCGCUCAUUACUUAGAACUCUGGAGAUUGCAGACAUUACUGACUUCUCUCCCAUUACUCUCAUCUCUCACUUUGCUACUCUGGUUAGCACCUAUUCGAAAGGCUUUACUAUUAUUAUUGAACCUUUUGAAGACAGAACACCAACGAUAGCUAAUCCAGUUUUGCACUUUAGCUGCAUGGACCCCUCCAUCGCUAUAAAGCCAGUGUUUGAGCGCUUCCAGUCAGUCAUCAUAACCUCAGGGACUCUCUCUCCUCUAGAGAUCUAUCCACGAAUCCUUGACUUCCACCCUGUCACCAUGGCGUCUUUUACAAUGACACUGGCGCGCACCUGCCUCUGUCCUCUAAUAGUUGGGAGGGGAAAUGACCAAGUGGCGAUGAGUUCCAAAUUUGAGACCAGAGAAGAUUUUGCUGUGAUCAGAAACUAUGGGAAUCUACUUCUGGAAAUGUCUUCCAUUGUACCUGAUGGAAUCGUGGCUUUCUUUACGAGUUAUAUGUACAUGGAAAACAUUGUUUCUUCAUGGUAUGAACAGGGAAUUCUGGAGAACAUCCAGAGAAACAAGCUUAUCUUUAUUGAGACACAAGAUGCAGCUGAGACCAGCAUGGCACUGGAGAAAUACCAGGAGGCUUGUGAAAACGGCAGAGGGGCCAUUUUGCUGUCUGUAGCUAGAGGUAAAGUGUCUGAAGGGAUCGACUUUGUUCAUCAUUUUGGCCGAGCUGUGAUCAUGUUCGGAGUACCUUAUGUGUACACCCAGAGCCGAAUCCUGAAGGCUCGCCUGGAGUACCUCAGAGAACAGUUUCAGAUCCGCGAGAAUGACUUUUUGACCUUUGAUGCCAUGCGCCAUGCAGCCCAGUGUGUGGGCAGAGCCAUCCGAGGAAAAACGGACUAUGGUCUAAUGAUCUUCGCUGACAAGCGCUAUGCCAGGGCGGACAAGCGAGGUAAACUGCCCCGCUGGAUUCAGGAGCACAUCUUGGAUGGGAGCCUGAAUCUGACCAUUGAGGAGACAGUGCAGUUGUCCAAGCACUUUCUGCGACAGAUGGCACAGCCUUUCAAAAGGGAGGAUCAGCUGGGCUUGUCAUUGCUGACCCUGGAACAGUUGCAGUCAGAGGAAGUGCUGCAGAAGAUCUCUCAGAUCGCUCAACAGGCUUAAUGCUUUGCAUAGGGAUAAAAAGCUAAUUCAAUUUAAGCUUCAUUACUUGUACAUAAAACACUUUUAUACAAUUUUUCAUCUAACACACAGGCAAUAAUAAAUGCUGUUUUCUACAAACCCAGUA